AUGGAUCGACUUUAUUCUUCACAUAUACCAACAAGUUUUCUACAAAAAAGUUUAUUAGCAGUUGGCUCUGGUAUUAUGUCAAUUUCUGAUCCUUCAAGAGAUGAUAUGAUUUCAGUAUUUGGCGAAACAACUGGAUCAUUGGCUUUGAAAUAUAUUCAACAAAAAAUGAUUCUUGAUCCAGAAGGCGAACAAAUUUUACGUGAUCGUCCUAUCAUAAAUUCAAGCACAGUUGAUUUAGAACAAUUGAAAAUGUUACCAGCAGGCACUUUAGGAAAAGAAUAUUCGAAUUUUUUAUCGAAAUAUACACUAACACCGGACGCUCGACGACCAGUAAAUUUUAUUGAUGAUCGAGAUUUGGCCUAUAUAAUGAGACGUUAUAGAGAAAUUCAUGAUUUGACACAUGUUACAUUAGGGAUGCCUAUAAAUAUGCUAGGCGAAGUUACAGUGAAAUGGUUUGAAGGUAUUCAAUAUGGAUUACCCAUGUGUGUAUUAGCUGCGUUUUUUGGCCCUCUUAGAUUGGGUCCAAAGCAUACCGCCAAAUACUUGAAUAUAACUUUACCAUGGAUAGUUCGAUCUGCUCGUCAAUCACGUCUACUAAUGAAUAUUUAUUUCGAAAAAAAUUGGCAUAAACCAAUAACACAAUUUCGUCAUGAACUUAACUUGAAAGAACCUCCACCUAAAGUUUAG